ACCGGCUUCUAAUCAAAGGAGGAAAAAUUGUCAACGAUGAUCAAUCAUUUUAUGCAGACAUUUACGUGGAAGAUGGUUUAAUACAACAAAUUGGAGAAAACCUGCUUGUUCCUGGUGAUGUGAAGACGAUCGAUGCCUGUGGACAGCUAGUGGUGCCUGGGGGGAUAGAUGUCCACACCAGGCUGCAGAUGCCCGUCCUGGGGAUGGCCCCUGCUGAUGACUUCUUCCAAGGGACCAAGGCAGCCCUGGCAGGAGGCACCACAAUGAUCAUUGACCACAUCUGCCCGGGUGCUGGGACCAGUCUCCUGGCCGCCUACGAGCAGUGGCGGGAACGCGCUGACAGCCAGGCCUGCUGUGACUACGCGCUGCACAUCGACAUCCCUCGCUGGCACGACAGCCUGAAGGAGGAGCUGGAAGCCCUGGUGAAGGACAAGGGUGUGAACUCCUUCCUGGUUUUUAUGGCCUACAAAGACAAACUGCAGUGCACCGAUGCCCAGAUGUAUGAAAUAUUCGGCAUUAUUCGAGACCUGGGGGCCAUCGCCCAAGUGCACGCUGAAAACGGGGACAUCAUCGAUGAGGAGCAGAAGAGGCUGCUGGAGCUGGGGGUCACCGGGCCGGAGGGACACGUCCUCAGCCGCCCCGAGGAGGUGGAAGCAGAGGCGGUGUACCGUGCCAUCACCAUCGCGAAACAGGCCAACUGCCCCCUCUACGUCACCAAGAUAAUGAGCAGAGGCGCAGCAGAUGUGGUAGCUCAAGCCAAGAGGAAAGGCGCAGUGGUGUACGGGGAGCCCAUCUCCGCCAGCCUGGGCACCGACGGGUCGCACUACUGGAGCAAAAACUGGGCCAAAGCUGCAGCCUUUGUCACGUCCCCCCCCAUCAGCCCGGACCCCACCACGCCGGAUCAUCUCUCCUCCCUCCUGUCCUGCGGGGACCUGCAGGUUGUUGGCAGCGCCCAUUGCACCUUCACCACUGUGCAGAAGGCUGUGGGGAAGGACAACUUCACCCUCAUCCCUGAGGGGACCAACGGCAUCGAAGAGCGGAUGGCGAUCGUCUGGGAGAAGUGUGUGGUCCCUGGGAAGAUGGAUGAGAAUGACUUUGUUGCCGUGACCAGUACCAAUGCAGCCAAGAUCUUCAACUGCUACCCCAGGAAGGGGCGCGUUGCUGUGGGCGCAGACGCAGACCUGGUUUUGUGGAACCCCAAGGCUAUGAAAAUCAUCUCGGCAAAAACCCACAACCUGAACGUGGAGUACAACAUCUUUGAAGGCACAGAGUGUCACGGGGCUCCUACCGUGGUCAUAAGUCAAGGAAAAGUUGUUCUUGAAGAUGGAAACCUGUUUGUCACCCAGGGCUCAGGUCGCUUCAUUCCUAGAAAGACAUUCCCUGAUUUUGUUUAUAAAAGAAUAAAGGCCAGAAACAGGCUGGCCGAAGUCCAUGGUGUCCCCCGAGGGCUGUAUGACGGACCUGUCCACGAGAUCCUUGUGAGUGCCAGAGCCCCAGCCGCGGCGACCAGGACGGCUCCCUGCGCAGGCAAAGCCCCGGCUCCUCCCGUGCGCAACCUCCACCAGUCGGGGUUCAGCUUGUCCGGGUCGCAGGCUGAUGACCACAUUGCCAGACGCACGGCUCAGAAGAUCAUGGCCCCGCCGGGCGGACGGUCCAAUAUCACCUCACUGUCCUGA